AAGGUUUCCCCUAACAACUGAGCAAGGAAGUCAAUCGCUUGUCUGUUCGUGAACACGAUGUUUCGUCGUAUUGUUUAAUUUGUAUUUUUUUUUUUUCGGCGUAGCUCGCGUUGUAGCGCAUCAUAAAUGGAUUCCCGGGAGUCUGAAAAUACGUCGUCCCGCCCGUUGAGACGGUCCACGCGACAGUCGUCAGGUAAAGUAUUGAGUUUCGAGCCGACUCCCAGGGGCCCCUUAAAGAGGACCAAAAGAGGGUUGGAUAACAAAGCUCCUCUUCCAGUUGUCAAUGGUUCCAGAGAGGAGGAGGAGACUGGCUCAGAGGAUGGUGAGUCCCCUAGCAAGAAGAGUCGACUGGAGACUGGAGGAGAAGCUGGCGGCGGGGGUGAUGAGAAUAAUGAGAUGGAUGUCCAAGAACCAGCUGAAGAUGUGGAGAAAACUGAAGACCAGGAAACGGAUAUUAUGAAGCAGGACUCCUCUCAUGGCACUCAUCGACCAAACAUAUGCCACGAUGCCCUUGGAGAUGUGAAUUUAUCCCCUCGUGUUUUGCUCAGUGAACACUGGCGAUCCUGUCAUACUAUGAAUGAACCCGUGAGAGUAACACCAUCAACAAAAAGAUCUGUUGCCUCCACCAAGUCUGUCGCACAAAUCAGAUCACCAGCAGCGAGACAUGAUGUGCACAUUCCUAAGGUCACCAGCAUGGAUGAGUACAAGAGGACGAUGGAGGCCAAAGCCAAGAGCUCAGGUGUACCGACCGUUAACCACCGUGUCCCAAGUGUGAAACCAGCCUCAGAGAAAACCUACACAACGCGACAACGUGUGAAUAACAUUCCAACACAAAAAGAAACUGUUCCGCACAAAAAACAAGUGAUAAAGAAAACUGCUGAUAUCAAGAAAAGCUCAGGACGUUCCUCUAGAGGAUUCAUGUGGUGUUUCUGGCGUUUGGUUCUCCUGCUGCUGCUCAGUUCGUCUGCCGUCUUGCUGGCGUACAAGAUCAUUCCUGUACUCCAGAGGGCUGCAGAUGGCAGAGAGCAUCCAUCCAGAGCUGUGAAGCCAGAAAAGUUUGCAGAGUACUUGACUCUUCUUGAGGCUCAGUUCCCCAGUCAGCGGCCUGACUUGUGGAAGAGGAGCAAGAUCCACCUGGAGAAGCACCUCAAUACAUCCCAUCCCACAGAGCCAGUCAGUCUGAUCUUCACUGCUGGCUUCAGAGCCGAGCAGACGCUGCGCUGCCUGGCUCAGGGGCUGGCAUCAUCCUACUCGUCUGCCCUCAACGCCUCCGUCCUCCACAUCGAUGGAGCCAGCAAGGCCAGCCAGGACAGCGAUGAGGUGAAGCUGGAUAUUGACAGCCAGUUGCAAGCUGCCUUUGAAGGAGACAAACCCGCGGCCGUCAUUCACCGCUUUGAGGAGCUCCCUCCGGGCUCCACCCUCAUUUUUUAUCGCUACUGCGACCACGAGAACUCAGCAUACAAGCGUGUGUUCUUGUUGUUUACUGUGCUCUUGCCUCAAGAGGAGAUCAGGCUUGACCAGAGUCUGAAGGAGGUGGAGGAGACGGUGCAUGACUGUGUCAGCAAAAGGCUGGUGGCCUCCAGCAACCAAACCGCUUACAAUAAGAUGGACGUUGACAAGUUCAGUGGACUGUGGAGCCGCAUCUCCCAUCUUACUUUGCCUGUUGUGGCCGAGACGAAGGUAGAGCAGAAUGGAUGCUGAUUAACCCAGCUGCCAUCAAAGAGGAAGUUAAGCUCUCUCUGUCAGAGCGAUUGUGUUCAAGCUGUAAGUUCAAUGUUGAUGAUUCAGUUUUACUGCUCACGAGAUGUCCAGCACUGAGUUUUUACAUAUUGUGUAAAGGUUUUGCUUAAGGAUGUAACAGGGUUGUUUCACCAGUAUGCAACAUACCGUUUAACUGAUUGGUUUUCUCCCAGUUCUGUAUCAUAAAUCUCGAUCGGCAGCACUUUGUUCAACAGCUUUUUUCAUUUUCUGUUGAAGUCUUUGUUUUAGGUGUGAAAGAUAUAUUUCUUGUUCUGUAUCAAAUGUCCCAGACAACCAAUGGCUUUCUUUUAUAUUUCUGUUCAUUGUCCCCAUGGAGAUAUAUGUCCCUUCUUUUAAAUCUCUUGUGUACACGAUUGGUUUGAUUUUUGCACUAAAAAUGUUUGAUUUUGCUUUAACUAUCCAACUUAUCAAAAGUACUGGCUUUUAUUAAGAUAAAUAUUUUAUAUUCUUUGUUUUUUUUUCUGAAUGUGUAUAUUUGUGAUAUGGUGUCUUUUUCCCAGACUGAAGUAUUUUUUGAUAGCUGUGUAUAUAUUGGAUAUAAAAAGGUUAGUUCUUUGUACUUAUUGUCAAGAAACCACUGAAAUGUACUUAAAUUGUUCUCAACCUAGAAACAUACAGCAUCUAUCACUAAGUGAUUUGUGUUUCUAAAAAUAUUUUGACAAAAUAUUAGUCAUUAAGCCACAAACUGUGCCUUACACUCAUAUAGAGAAGAUUAGACUGUAUUUGGAAAAAGUACCAAAACAUUUGCGUACUGUAUCUUAGCAACAUCACAACCCAAACAAGGUUUCUUGUAAAUAGAUUUGUACAAAUUUAAAUUUCAACAUACAGGAAAGUGUUCUCUCCUGUGAUACAGCUCGUUCCCUUUUAUUUUACUGUUCAUGAAUUUAGUUUUGCUCGUAUGAAUAUGUGUACAUUUUCAAUAAAGAUUAUUUUGAUAACUGGA